AUGAUUUUCCAACAGACAGCUAGAUUGGCUGGUAGAAGGGCAUUUUCCAGUAGUGUGAGACAACAGGUCCACUUUAAGGAGGGACCAUACUCUAAUAUUCCAGUUAAAAUUCACAACAGAAAGAUUCCAUAUGCUAUUAUUCAUUUUGGGUUUUUUACUUUGGGGUUUGCCAUUCCGUUUAUCUCGGGUUAUGUCCAACUAAAGAAGGCAGGUGUCUAUUAA